AUGUCUAGCAACAAGAAGACACUGAGAGUCGGCAUACUGCGCCUUCGAUGUCAGGAGCCACAGCGGUACUAUAUAGCUCUUCAAUGCCCUCACAGCGGAAGCAAGACGUCUGCCAGCACGAUAAGCUUAAAAAGCAUCCGGCAUGACCAGACCGCUCGCACGGAGACCUCCGAGCCCAGCAGGAACCCCGACUUCGCUUGCAGCUCCUUUCUCUUGCGCUUGCCUGCCCCUUUGGCCGUCCUGCCUCCGGAGCAGCCACUGCUGCGACUGGACCUCUUCUCCGCGCCGGGUCUGGAACCUUCCGGAGGGAUCGAUGUGGAGUCUGGUGGCCUAGCCGGUCGGCUGGUGGCCAGUGGCUUGGUGGCUGGAACGUCCCUGGGCGCAGAUGCCACCUCGAGGCUGUUGCAGGGGCAGCGAGUGACGCUGACGUUGGCGCUGACUGCUGACGCGGCAUCGGCAUCGGCAUCGGCACUGCUGGGGGAUUUGGGGAAUGGGUUGGAGGCGGCGUCCGCCAGCAACGAUCUUGGCAAGGUGGUGGUUAGCAGUUUGUCUGGUCUGGGGGCCGGUCUGUCGGCCCACGAGGUGCUCCUGGAGCUGGAGCUGCUUGGCGCGCUCCAGGGAGCCGAGCUGCUGGAGGCGCUGGUGCAGGAAUGCCUUGUCAAGCAGGCCGCCAUGUCCCAAGUGGCGAGGCAGCUGGACAGCACCACAUGUAAGGCGGAGGAGCUAUCCUGGAGGCUGGUGGACGCGGAGAAGCGCAGCCGGAACCUCGUGGCGGACAACGAACGGCUGCAGCAGCUGUUGCAAACGGAGCAGCAGGCUUGGCGGAUACCCCAGUUGAGGAUGUUGGUGAAUUCGGCCAUGUUGAGUCGGGACGAGCUCAUUGAGCGGUGUGAGAGUGUGAUGGCGGCCUAUGGGCGGGAGAGGGCUCGAAAUGGGGACCUGGUGGAGCGACUGAGGGUGCUGCAUUCAGAGCAGGUGGACGCUCUGGAGCUCAAAAAGCGCUAUCAGCAGCUGCAAGAGGCGCACGAAGAGCAGGCGCGUGCGUACGCUGAUCUGGAGGGUGAGUCCAUGAAGGUGGCCCAGCUGCGUGCAACUGUCAAGACGCAGGAGGAGAUCAUUCACAACCUUGAGGCUUUGCUCGCACAGGCCGUUCAGAAGGUCAAGCCGCGGGCUCCAGUUACAGCACAGAAUAUCGGCGCCUCGAAUCCUCAUCCUCCUGCAGCUACAGCUGACAUCGAAGCUGGAGCUGCCGCUGUUUCCGGCGAAAUGAUUGACUUGCGAACUCCAGCGGAUCUGCGAGCCCAGCUGGAGGCUUCGGAGCAGCGGUUGCUACAGCUCCAGGAUGAGCUAGCUGUGCAGCAGGCAGCAGCGCAGGAGAAGGAUCAGCAGAUACAGCGGAUGGAGGCGGAGCUGGAGACCCUACGGCAACACACGGUGACGGAAUUCCCGGCAGUGGACAUGGAGGCUGCGGAGGCGGGAGAGGGGCCCCGUCAAGAACGGCCGGGCACCUCCGCCGGGCAGCGGCUGGAGAGCCGUGGUGAAAAGGGUGGCGGCGCUGUUACGGGCAAGCGACAGGAGGACGCGGGGGAUCGAGCACAAGGGGAUGAAUUGUUGGAAGAAUUGGGCGUGGAGAUGCAGCAGCCGUUAGGGAAGCAGGAGAAGGAGGACGACGGCGGCGUUACGCCCGGCUCGGAAAGCGAGGCGCGACGAGGGACGGAAGAGGAUCAGGCAAAGAAGACGGGACCAGCAACGUCAGAGGAGGCCGAAGCUACGGACGAGCGGCUGCAGCAGCUGCAGGAACGAAUACAGAGUCUAGAAAGCGAGUUGGUGGCGGCACGGGAGCGCAUCCGGGAGCUGUCCGAGAGCGAAGAGGAGGUUAGCAGGGAGAUGCGCAACCUGUUGAGCGCUGCGGCGGAGGUCCGGAAACUGCAAUUGGAAUUGGCCCAGCUCACGGAGGAGAGGACCGCAUCACAGCUGAGAGCUGAGUACGCGGAGGGGGCGGCUGAGGCGGCACAGAGCGAGCUGGCAGAAGUGACUCGAAAGUGUGCCCGGGAGAUCGCGGCGCUCAAGACCCGUCUUGCGGAGAAGGACGCGGCCAUGAUGGGCGGAUUUGGCGGGCUGGAACAGCUGUCGACCCGCAGCGAGCCGCCCUUCCCCGCCUUUCCCCCCCCACCCGCACUCCCCUCCUCCCAGUCGGCGGUGCCCAGCCCGACGGGACCCGCCGCGGCCCCAGCUCCUCUCUCCGACGCUCGGAGUGGCCCAGCCCCAUUAGCAGCCCUAGGUACGGAGGCGAAUGGCAGUGGCAGUGAGAGAAGAGCUGGGGUGCGGCAAGCGGGGCUGAGCAGGCUCACGUCGUUGGCGCACGUCCCCGGCAUAGGCGCGGAUGAUGGGCAAGCACAGCACAUGCAUGGGCAGGCGCCGGGACUUACCGCGGCGGAGGCGGCUGCAGGCGGCCCUCGCGCCCUGAUGUGGAUGAAGAGCAGGCGGGGGCGCAUGAGUAUGAAGCCGGUGUCGUCGGUCCCACCGACGGAAGGAUGA